AUGACCGAGGGUAAUAGCUUGGAGCGCCGAGUGUCCUCCUCUCCAAACGCGGCAGAUGACCACCUUCACUCAUGGCGUCUGGUAAUCGUCAUUGGUACUCUAUGUCUAGGUGCCUUCCUAUACGGCUUGGAUGCCAACAUCAUAGGAGCCGCCAUCCCGCGCAUCACCACCGACUUCAAGUCUCUACCCGCUGUCGCCUGGUAUGGCGCCUCGUACCUGCUCACUGUCACGGCAUUUCAGCCCCUGUUUGGAAACUUGUACAAAUUCUUCAAUGCCAAGGUCGUGUACCUCGCUUCGCUGUUUAUUUUCGAAACUGGAUCUAUUGUUUGCGCCUCAGCCAGGUCAUCCGACGUCUUGAUCUUUGGGCGUGCUCUGUUGGGCUUUGGUGCCUCUGGCCUGCUACAGGGAGCCCUCGCCAUCAUCGGAUGUGUUGUUUCUCUCGAAAAAGUUCCUCUCUUCCAAGGCAUUGUCAUCGCCGGCGUGGGCAUCAGCGUAUGUGUUGGGCCGAUUAUCGGCGGCGCCCUCACACAGUAUGCUAGUUGGCGCUGGUGCUUCUGGCUGAAUGUUCCUGCGGGCUUCUGUGCCCUGGUAGUCGUCUUCUUCUUUGUUCCUCUGGCAGAGGGCUUUGCCAAAAACACCAAGGCAUUGCCGUUGCGGCAAAAGCUCUUUCGUAUGGAUCCAGUCGGAACCGUCCUGUUCCUCGGCCUUGUAUGCUGCCUCCUUCUGGCCCUGACUUGGGGUGGGCAGCAGUACGCCUGGGACAGCUCCCAAGUCAUUGGUCUAUGUGUUGGCUUCGGCGUGCUGUUAUUAAGUUUCUGCACUUGGGAUUGGAAACAAGGUGACAUGGCCCUCAUUCCCUUGCGAGUGCUUCGCAAACGCUCUGUGGGCAUGGGAGCGAUAAUACUGUUUGCUUACGGAGUGGUUAUGUAUGUGUACGGCUACUAUCUUCCCAUGUUCUUCCAGACCGUCCAAGGCGCUACAGCCACUGAGAGCGGCGUGCGGUACAUUGCAAUGAUGGUGCCUCAAAUCGUAACUUUGGCCUUGACGGGGGCCAUUGUAUCAAGAUGGGGCUACUACGUGCCAUACAUGAUUACCGGUGGUAUCAUCGCCUCAGUCGGCUCUGGCCUCCUGACCACCAUCAGCCCUGCAACGCCGGCGGCACAGUGGUCGGCCUAUUUAGUUCUGACAGGUAUUGGCGUUGGCAUGGCCUCACAACUGCCGUACACGGCGCUACAAGUGGUUCUCGAUGCGUCCGAUAUUGCCACAGGAAAUGCCAUUGCUGUUUUCUCAUCGCAGCUUGGGGGGUCAGUAGCCGACGCCCUACACCGUAUUGCCUCAACAAGGGCAUUGCCUCGAUACACGUCGGCGGUUACACUCGAGCAUGUUCUAGGAGCGGGCGCCGGUGGCUUGUCACAGCUUAGUUCCUCGCCAGCCGUACUUGAAGCGCUGCGGUACGCCUACAAUGACGCGAUCAGGGAUGUAUUUAUCCUGGGCCUGGCUUGCACAUGUCUAACCGUGCUGCCAUCGUGCGCGAUGGAGUGGCUGAACAUUGCGCUCGAGUCACAGAGACGGAAGCAACUACGCGAGAGUGAUGGAGCUGAACGAGUCCAACUACAAGAGGAAACAGGAGUGAAUACGGCAUACAUGGGACGGAGUAAUUCCCUCAAGCAACAUGAAUGA